UCCCAAGAAGAUUUAAGUAUAAAUCCGGGUCCUCAUGUCGCUAUACAAACUCGUUUGAUAUUUGCUGGUCCUUUCACAGCUCACAGACACAUGAAAAUCUACAACACUCCCAACACCUCCAGCGCCAUCACUGGCUUCAUCCUCCUGGGCUUCCCUUGCCCCAGGGAGGCGCAGAUUCUCCUCUUUGUGCUCUUCUCUGCUGUCUACCUCCUGACCCUCAUGGGCAACGGUUCUAUCAUCUGUGCUGUGUGCUGGGAUCAGAGACUCCACACCCCCAUGUACAUCCUGCUUGCCAACUUCUCCUUCCUGGAGAUCUGGUAUGUCACCUCCACUGUCCCCAACAUGUUGGCCAACUUCCUCUCUAACACCAAGCUCAUCUCCUUCUCUGGGUGUCUCCUCCAGUUCUACUUUUUCUUCUCCUUGGGUUCUACAGAAAGCUUUUUCUUGGCUAUUAUGGCAUUUGAUCGAUAUCUUGCCAUCUGCCAACCUCUACAUUACCCCAUCCUCAUGACUGGACAUCUCUGCACCAAUCUUGUGAUCAGCUGCUGGGUACUUGGUUUUCUCUGGUUUUUGAUUCCUGUCAUCAUCAUCUCCCAAAUGUCCUUCUGUGGAUCCAGGGUCAUUGACCAUUUCCUGUGUGACCCAGGUCCUCUUCUAGCACUCACCUGUGAAAAAGCUCCUGUGAUGGAGCUUGUCUUCUCCACUCUCAGCCCUAUUCCCCUCAUCAUUCUCUUUCUCUUCAUCAUGGGGUCCUACGCUUUGGUCAUAAAAGCUGUAUUGAAAGUUCCUUCGGCAGCUGGACAAAGGAAGGCUUUCUCGACCUGCGGGUCUCAUCUGACUGUGGUUUCACUGUUCUAUGGUUCAGUAGUGGUCAUGUAUGGGAGCCCAGCAUCUGAGCAUGGUGCCAGAAUGCAGGUGACCGUGACUCUGUUUUAUUCUGUGGUCACCCCACUUCUUAAUCCAAUAAUAUAUAGUCUUAGGAACAAAGAUAUGAAAAAGGCCCUGAAGAAAUUUCUGAGACUAUAA